AUGAACGGGUCACUACACCCCUCCAAAGAGCAGGCCUUCUGGGAUGUCAUCAUCAUCGGCGCCGGCAUCUCUGGCGUCAACGCAGCAUAUCGCCUGCAGACCGAACUCCCCAAGUACACCUACACCAUCCUAGAAGCUCGACCUCGCAUGGGCGGCACGUGGGACCUCUUCAGAUACCCUGGGAUUCGCUCAGACUCUGAUCUCAUCACGUUUGGUUUCGCCUGGAACCCGUGGGACAAGAAGAACCCUAUCGCCGACGGCCCGUCCAUCCUACAGUACAUGAAGGAGUCGGCGUCGCAGUACGGCAUCGACAGACACAUCCAGUAUGAGACUUCUGUGGCCUCAGCUUCGUGGUCGUCGGAAGACGCCCUGUGGACGUUGAGCGUGUCCGUCAACGGCCAGACGACGUUCGUGUCCACUCGCUUCCUCAUUUUCGGCGCGGGAUACUACGACUACCAUACGCCCCUGGCCGCCACCAUCCCGGGCCUCGAGAAUUUCAAAGGACAGACCAUCCAUCCUCAAUUCUGGCCCGAGAAUCUUGACUACUCGGGCAGGAGGGUCGUCGUGAUCGGGUCGGGCGCCACGGCAGUGACGCUGGUGCCUGAGCUCGCGCAAAGGGCCGCAUCGACCACCAUGCUCCAACGCAGUCCGACGUACAUCGUCUCGCUGCCGAACAAGGUCCGCACGCGGCCGUGGUGGAGCCGGCUCAUGCCGCGGUUCCUGUUUACCAAGCUCCGACGCUUGUUCUGGAUCGUACGUGGCCGAUUCGUGUACAACUGGUGCAUGAAGUACCCGGAGAAGGCUCGAGCUCUGUUCGCCAAAGGCACCAUCAGACAGCUCCCGCAGAGCAUCCCGUACGACCCACACUUCAAGCCGAGCUACUCGCCGUGGGAACAGCGGCUCUGCGUCUGCCCAGACGGCGACUUUUACACGGCGCUCCGAGAAGGCAGAGCGAACGUCGAGACCGACACGAUCGAGGGCGUCGUCGAGGAUGGCAUCGUCCUGACCUCGGGCAAGAAACUGGAUUGCGACAUGAUCGUCACCGCCACGGGACUGAAGUUGCAAUUUGCAGGCGGGGUGCGGAUCGAAGUCGACGGGGAACCUGUCGAGAUCCAUCAAAAGUACUGGUGGAACGGUGCCAUGAUACAAGAUAUCCCCAACGCCGCGUUCGUCAUGGGAUACCCCAAUGCCUCGUGGACGUUGGGGGCGGAUGCCACGGCUCAGUUUGUCUGCCGAUUCCUCAAGGCGCUCGAGAGGAAAAAGCAAAGGGCUGCCGCACCCUAUCUGGAGGACGCGGGAUCCCUCAAACCUACUCCCUCGUUGGCUCUUACGUCCACGUACGUCAGGUUGGGGUCCGGCAGCCUGCCCAAAGCGUCCUUGGAUGCUCCGUGGGUGGGACGAAGGAGUUAUUUCGAGGACGUGUUCUGGGCAAAGUAUGGGAAUCUGACAAAGGGCCUGAAGUUCAUCAGCACCGCUGCUACAGAGAAGAAGUAUGUAUAG